AUGUUUGCUUCAUCUCUGGAGUGUUACCAACACGCACCAAUCUCGGGAGUGGUUCAGAGUAUUCGUAUCGUCAAGCGUCGCUCUCGCCGCAGGCGAAGUGGCAGCACUCCGAAAUGUAUGCUGUUGCUUGGUCGCCUCCUCAACGACGGGAGAUCUUCAGAGCGUCCAACCGCGGUCGAUCAUGACUUCGACGCGGUGCUUGACUCGGUCUGCGGGCCUUUGGAGACACCUUCAACGCCGACUUCGAUGCAGACAGCGGUCCUCCUCAGAUAUCGCCUUCUCGACGACGUCAUACUCAAACCUUGCGUAACAAACGUCCGCCAGAGUCGAAGUCGGGCGAAGCAGCCUCUAUUGGCAUUGGCUGGGAAGCGUCUGUCCAAAUAUCCAACAGUUGUUUGGCCAUCGGAAGAGGUUCGGCCGAGUGUGGAUUUUCUGUAUGCCCGUCAGCUAUCUCCAUCAAGUCACAACGACGCCGGUUAA